ACUCACUGCUGCUCUGACUGUGGGAAGAGAUUAACCUCAUCAGGCAUUAAAAUUCAUCAGAGAAUCCACACAGGAGAGAAACCUUAUAGCUGUGAUCAAUGUGGGAAGAGUUGUACUACAUCUGGCUCUCUGACAGUGCACCAGAGAAUACACACAGGAGAGAAACCUUAUAGCUGUGGUCAAUGUGGGAAGAGGUUUACUCAGUCAACCAGCCUGAUAUUGCACCAGAGAAUACACACAGGAGAUAAACCUUAUAGCUGUGAUCAAUGUGGGAAGAGUUUUACUACAUCUGGCUCUCUGACUUUACACCAGAGAAUACACACAGGGGAGAAAUCUUAUAGCUGUGAUCAAUGUGGGAAAAGUUUUAUUCAAUCUAGUUAUCUGACAAUGCACCAGAGAAUACACACAGGAGAGAGACCUUACAGCUGUGGUCAAUGUGGGAAGAGUUUUUGUCAAUCUAGAGAUCUGACAGUGCACCAGAGAGCACACACAGGAGAGAAACCUUAUAGCUGUGGUCAAUGUGGGAAGAGUUUUAUUACAUCUAGCAUUCUGACUCAACACCAGAGAACACACACAGGAGAGAAAUAUUAUAGCUGUGGUCAAUGUGGGAAGAGUUUUGUUCGAUCUGGCCAUCUGACAAUACACCAGAGAACACACACAGGAGAAAAACCUAAUAGCUGUGGUCAAUGUGGGAAGAGUUUUGUUCGAUCUGACUAUCUGACAUUACACCAGAGAACACACACAGGAGAGAAACCUUAUAGCUGUGACCAAUGUGGGAAGAGUUUUACUACAUCUGGCUCUCUGACUUUACACCAGAGAAUACACACAGGAGAGAAACCUCAUAGCUGUGACUGUGGGAAGAGAUUCACCUCAUCAGGCCUUAAAAUUCACCAGAGAACACACACAGGAGAGAAACCUUAUAGCUGUGAUCAAUGUGGGAAGAGUUUUGGUCAAUCUUGCCAUCUGACUCAACACCAGAGAAUACACACAGGAGAGAAAUCUUAUAGCUGUGAUCAAUGUGGGAAGAGUUUUGGUAGAUCUUGCCAUCUGACUCAACACCAGAGAAUACACACAGGAGAGAAAUCUUACAGCUGUGAUCUAUGUGGGAAGAGUUUUACUACAUCUGGCCAUCUGACUGUACACCAGAGAACACACACAGGAGAGAAACCUUAUAGCUGUGUUCAAUGUGGGAAGAGUUUUGGUCAAACUUGCCAGCUGACAUUACACCAGAGAACACACACAGGAGAGAAAUCUUACAGCUGUGAUCAAUGUGGGAAGAGUUUUAUUACAUCUCGCUCUCUGACUCUACACCAGAGAACACACACAGGAGAGAAAUCUUUUAGCUGUGUUCAAUGUGGGAAGAGUUUUGGUCAAUCUUGCCAUCUGACUCAACAUCAGAGAAUUCACACAGGAGAGAAACCUUAUAGCUGUGAUCAAUGUGGGAAGAGUUUUGGUCAAUCUGGCCAGCUUACUCAACACCAGAGAAUACACACAGGAGAGAAACCUUAUAGCUGUGAUCAAUGUGGGAAGAGUUUUGGUCAAUCUGGAGAUCUGACAGUGCACCAGAGAACACACACAGGAGAGAAACCUUAUAGCUGUGAUCAAUGUGGGAAGAGUUUUGGUCAAUCUGAUUCACUGAAACUACACCUGAGAAUACACACUGCAGAGAAACUUCACUGCUGCUCUGACUGUGGGAAGAGAUUCACCUCUUCAGUAAACCUUAAAAUACAUCAGAGAAUUCACACUGGAGAGAAACCUUAUGGCUGUGAUCAAUGUUUGAAGAGGUUUACUCAUUUAAGCAGCCUAAUAGCACACCAGAGAACACACACAGGAGAGAAAUCUUAUAGAUGUGAUCAAUGUGGGAAGAGUUUCACUACAUGGAACUGUCUGAAGAUACACCAGAGAAUACACACAGGAGAGAAACCUUUCAGCUGUGAUCAAUGUGGGAAGAGUUUUGUUACAUCUAGCUAUCUGACUGUCCACCAGAGAACACACACAGGAGAGAAACCCUAUAGCUGUAAUCAAUGUGACAAGAGAUACUCUCGUAAAAGAUCUCUGAUUCAUCAGAGAACACACACAGGAGAGAAACGUUAUAUCUGUGAUCAAUGUGGGAAGAGUUUUACUCAGUCAACCAGCCUGACAUCACACCAGAGAAUACACACAGGAGAGAAAUCUUUUAUAUGUGGUCAAUGUGGGAAGAGUUUUGGUCAUUCUAGCGAUCUGACAGUGCACCAGCGAAGACAAACAGGAGAGAAACCCUAUAGCUGUGAUCAAUGUUUAAAGUUUUUUUUUACAUCUGGCAACCUGAAGGUACACCGGAGAACACACACAGGAGAUACAUCUUAUAGAUGUGAUCAAUGUGGGAAGAGUUUUACUCAGUCAACCAACCUGAUAUCACACCAGAGAACACACACAGGAGAUAAAUCUUAUAUCUGCGGUCAAUGUGGGAAGAGUUUUGUUACAUCUAGCAGUCUGACUAUACACCAGAGAACACACACAGGAGAGAAACCUUAUAGCUGUAAUCAAUGUGGGAAG